AUGCGCAGCGCGCUAGUCCUUUCCUUUUUGCUCCCCCUGGCUUUGGGGUGCAACAAUCCUGCUAAUCAUCCCUGUGCGGCGGUCUAUACUGCAUCUCGAUCCUCCGCGAGUGAAUUCUGUGCCACUUUCACUGCAAGCACCAUUACGGCCACGACCGGCUUGCCUACUUGGGCUUCUGCUUGUGCCAAUGAAGUUAAGCAAUUGUCCAGUGCAUGCAGCUGUCUCGACACCACCUGGACUACCACCACCGGUGUAGUGGCCGCUAGCACUUCGGUAGCUGCCACCACUACCCCCGUCGUCGUCAGCAUCAGUACUCCAGUCGCUGAGACUACUAGCACUGCAGUCGCCGUGGUUUCAAGCAUUAAAGCUGCCACGUCCGCAACUUCCGUCAGGGCAACUACUCUCGCCACCUCGACCAAAACUACUGCCUCGAUUACAUCUGCCGUCGACACAGCAGGCGCUUGUGUUGUGACUAGUUAUGCUGGCAUCUCAUCUGCUGUCAAGUCCUGCACAAAUAUCGUCUUGUCCAACAUUUCUGCCCCUCCUUCCAGCACAAUUGAUCUCCAGAGCCUUCAGACUGGAGCCACUGUCACCUUCGCUGGUACAACCAGCUUCGGCACCACACUCGACUCCGACUUUGAUCCUAUUGUAAUUUCUGGUACUGAUUACACCAUCACUGGUGCUGACGGCCAUAUUAUUGAUGGCAAUGGCGCAAACUACUGGGAUGGCGAGGGAUCCAACGGUGGACAAGCGAAGCCUGAUCACUUCAUUGUCGUCAAGGAUUCAUACAACGCUCAAAUUACCAACCUCAAUAUUCAAAACUGGCCCACUCAUUGCUUCUACAUCAAUGGGGUUCAAGGUCUCACCGUCUCCGGGCUGACUCUUGAUAACUCUGCUGGUGACGAGCCCAACAGCCUUAGUGGAAGUGACCCAGCUGCCCACAACACGGACGGCUUCGAUAUCUCCGGCAGUGACACUGUAACCUUGCAGAACAUCAAAGUCUACAACCAGGAUGACUGCGUUGCCGUCACCAGUGGUAGCAACAUUAUUGUUAGCGAUACGUAUUGCUCUGGCGGUCACGGUCUGUCGAUUGGUUCAGUUGGUGGAAAGAGCAACAACACCGUCGCUGGAGUCACUUUCGAGAACUCUCAGGUCGUCAACAGUCAGAACGGUUGCCGAAUUAAGAGUAACUCUGGUACUACCGGAUCCAUCAGCAAUGUCAUUUACCAGAACAUUACCCUCUCCAGCAUCUCAGACUACGGUAUCGAUGUCCAGCAGGACUACCUCAACGGGGGCCCAACUGGUGACCCAACCAACGGUGUUACUAUUUCCGGCAUCUCUUUCAUUGAUGUUACCGGCACUUGCACCGACGAUGGCACAGACUACUACAUUCUCUGCGGCGAUGGCAGUUGCUCCGACUUUACUUUCAGUGGCGUCUCUAUCACCGGAGGUGUGUAUGGUUCUAGGGAUGUCAAAGAUUAUACUGGAUCAGUCAGUGCCAAAGCAGCACUCUAUGCAUUUCUAUCCAUUGUUACCAUUAUUGGCUUUACCAAACAGGGUACUUCACAUGGGCCUAGCGGUGAGUUUUAUGCGGCCAAGGCCCAGUCUUAUCUGGUUGAUAUUGUUCAAGAGUCGACCAUGGACGGCUUACAAGCACUCACAUCACUUAUUCUAGCUACAAGUUUCUCUGGAGAUUACAAAAAGGCGGCAAUGUUCGUUGCAAUGGCAUCUCGCAUUGCGUACGCUCUAGGUGGUCAUAAGAAUCCCUUUGAAUCACAGUCCUCGGUAUAUGAUACAAGUCGACCGGAGUGCCACAUCCGCAACUUGUUUUGGCUCUGCUAUACAUUUGACAAAGAACUCGCUCUACGGACCGGCCAACCGCCAUCAAUAAGUGACGACAACUGCGACCUCACUCUGCCUCCUGGAUAUGUAGAGUUACAGAACUCCAAUAUAUGCUGUCCCGACGUCGUGAUCGAUAACACGACGGUGCCACUCUACCCCUGGGACCCUCGACUCUCAGUGUUAAAAUCGCGUACCUACAUGCUCCUCUACUCCGAAAGUGCACUGAGGAAAUCGAAAUCCGAAAUUUUAAAACACAUCCGCGAACUUGACGACACUCUUGAGCAAUGGCGACUAUCUCUAGACCGGGAAUUCAGGCCAACACUUGCAUUCUCAGAAGAUAUGCUUUUCCCAUCUGCGUUGGCUACGCAACCGGUCAUGCUUCGUCUAGCGUAUCAUCAUUGCGUGAUCAUCAUUCAUGGUGCGAGUAAUAGAUGUCGGGAUCCAUCCGGAGAUUUGGAUAUGCAGGAGAUCGGUGUUGCGUCGAGCUUGGGAUUAAGUGUUGAGGCGUCGAGGUCUUCGCUUCUGUAUCUUCAGGCCGCUUUACCGAAUAUUGCGGGAGAGUGUUUCUGGCACAUUCUAUUCUAUGUCGUUUCGUCAAUCGUCACCAUUCUGGGACACAUGAUCUCCAAUCCGAACGAUCCUAAGUCAAUAUCCGAUUUCGAGUUACUGUUGCAGGUAUCAGACAUGGUACAAAGCUUCCCGAUAACCGAACUGUCGGCCGCCGAAUUGAUUCAGAUGCAGCUAGUAAAGGACUUUUCGCAGGAGUUGGUUGGCAUUACUGGGAUGGCAACGUUUGAUCACAAGGUCCGCAUCGCGGUCAUCGGCGGCACCGGCCUCCAGGACCUCCCCGGCUUCACCAAAGUCGCCUCUCUCGACAUCGAGACUCCCUGGGGCAAGCCCUCUUCGCCCAUCACGAUUAUCCACCACCAAUCCAGCGCGUCUGGCAAGGACGUGCCCGUCGCAUUCCUCAGCCGUCACGGCACUCACCACCAAAUCGCGCCUCAUGAGGUACCCAAUCGCGCCAACAUUGCUGCCCUGAGAAGCCUCGGUGUCAGGACUGUGAUUGCGUUUUCGGCCGUGGGAAGUCUGCAGGAGGUUAUCAAGCCGAGGGAUUUCGUGGUGCCGGAUCAGAUUAUUGAUCGCACCAAGGGUGUGAGACCUUUUACGUUCUUUGAAGGAGGGGUUGUGGGCCAUGUGCCAUUUGGUGAUCCUUUCGAUGAGAAUGUUGCAAAGAUUGUACGCGAGUGCGGACACAGUCUGGAGGGGGACGGUGUUGUCUUACAUGACCGCGGAACCUUGAUCUGCAUGGAGGGCCCUCAAUUCUCUACCCGCGCCGAAAGCAAUAUGUACCGCUCCUUCGGCGGCUCCGUCAUCAACAUGUCCGCCCUCCCCGAAGCCAAACUUGCUCGCGAAGCCGAGCUUGCAUACCAAAUGAUUUGCAUGUCCACAGACUACGACUGCUGGCACGAGUCCACCGCUGACGUUACCGUCGAGAUGGUCAUGGGACACAUGAAGGCCAACGCGGUCAAUGCGCGACGAUUCGUCGGUGCUGUGCUCGAUGCGUUAGCUCUGGAUGAGAAUGCUGAGACGGUCAAUGCCAAGCAUCUUGAGGGCGGGAUCAAGUUUGGUAUGAGUACACCGCACACCGCGUGGAAUGAGGAUGUGAAGAAGAGAAUGGAGUUUUUGUUCCCUGGAUAUUUUUAG